CCAAAUCCCAGAAUGCACUUGCUUCGCUGCUCUACGAGGCCACUCCCAAGCCACGCCUACCGGUUCGAGAGGGCAGGAGGGAGGGAAAUUCAACCUUAUAUACUGUCUAUGCUCAAAUGACUCGAAAACUGAAAAGACACCAGUUAAUGUGAGUCUCCGUGACGAGUUAGUUGAUAAAUUAAUUUAAAUACUAGCGUUUUUGUUUUUUUUCAUCGAAAUGGUGCUAAAUUGCUUUGUACCGCGAUGUACAGCCAAAACCAGGAAAGGACAAGCAGUAAGUUUCCAUCAUUUGCCUGUUAAACAUUUGGAGCGGUGCAAACAGUGGCUGCGGGCUAUCAACCACCCAAAGUUUCGAGAAGACACCGAUAUGGGGAACCUGAAAAACCUGAGGGUUUGCAGUCGCCAUUUCAAGCUGGAAGACUACGAACCCAAUGUACUUGGAAUGAAGAGAAUCACUCUAAAGGACACAGCAAUUCCGUCGAUAUUCACCUUCCCAGAAGACGAACAGCCCGGGCCAUCUGUUAGAAAACGCAUUCGCCGAAAGACUCCAAUCGCGUCUAAUCCUUUAGUGUCCUCGUCGGAGGAUGAAGAACAAUUGCUACUGACCUCAACACCGGUCAAAAUUCCUGCCUCUGGCCAAGAACAAUUUUCACCUGGAGGCCUCAAUACCAGCGCCGGCAGCAUUGCUGAAUUAACAGUCACCCUCUCAUCAACAUCUUCAUCAGAUGAUGAAGGUGGAAAGGACUGGCGUGAAAAGAAGAUAAUUGUCAAUGAAUCCAGCCUCAUGUCACUCUUCAAAUUUUGCCAGAUGUGCGGGAAACCAAUUUUAUCAAAGAAAAUUGUCGACUUUGGGGCAAAGAGGGAGGUGGAUUGGACAUGUCUUGGGGGGCAUUCUGGGACUUGGACAUCUUCACAUGACAUGUGAACCUCCUUGCAGCCUAGGGCUGUGCAAUUAACUAAAAUAGUAUAAUCGAGAAAAAACGAUUUAUUUUUGCCCUGUUCUGUUUUGCAA